GCUUGAAAACAGUUCACUCUUCGCUAGAAAACUGAACGCUCGUUAGUUUUGCAGACUGAGAUAUACAAAACAAUUGAUUUUUUUAACAAAUUCUUUAAUAUUUCACGCUAGUUUUAUGAAAAUUGAGGUUAUACUUGAUUAUAAAAGUAACGCGCGGGAAAGGUCAUAGAUUCAUAAAGUAAUUGUUUUUAUUUUUUAAAACAAAGGCAUUGUGUUAUACAGUUUGGUGUUUACAGUGAAACUUGGUCAGCUGAAAAGGUACAAUGCCUUCUGAAGUGAUCUCGGAAAAGUCCCUCCAGAGGGAGCUGGCUGAUUCCAUCAUACGCAUGGUGCCACUGGACGAGAUAAGAAUACUCCUGGCUUGUGGAGCCAAGGUAAAUGAGCCAGUCACUCAAGGUCUCAGGCCGCUGCACUACGCGAUCUGGCAGCGAUACUUGGAAGCGACCAGGCUGUUGCUGGUCAGAGGAUGUGACGUCAACGCCAGGGACGACUGCGGGUACAGCGCACUCCAUCUGUCCGCCGAACACGGCUAUACAGAACUGGUCAAGUUGCUCCUGGAGAGCGGAGCAGCGGUCGAUUACAGACCUGACACUGGUGAGGAGUUCCCGCGGACUACGCUUUGCGACGAGCCCCUCAGAUUGGCUAUAAGGAACAAACAUUAUGAUGUGGCUCGUCUUCUAUUAGAACAUGGUGCUGAUCCCAACAAGCGGUACUUCUUCGGCUCCGAGAUCAAUCUGGUCUCAGAUCCUGAGUAUUUGGAGCUAUUGCUGACGUUCGGAGCUAAUCCUGACUCUAGAGAUCGUGCUGGUUUAACCCCAUUAAUGAAGGCAGCCAGACAACGAAAGUCGUUCACCCAGGGAAUGGAUGCUGUUCUCCUGCUGAUCAGCUACGGUGCCGAUGUAAACGCGAUGGCGGAUGCCAGGAACGACUACAGAACUGUGAUGCACUACGCUGUACUCAGUGGUAAUACAGAAGUGGUGAAUUUGAUGAUCAAACAAGGUGCUCGCGUCAACUACGAGUGUCCAGAACUGAGCAAGCCCAGUCCUCUAGACCUGGCUAUACUCAAGGGAGACGUGCCUAUGGUGCAGAUGCUGUUAGCAGCUGGUGCGCAAGUGAACGCAUCCAGUUCAGUGAUAGGAUCGCCUCUGCAUGUGGCGUGCUCCGACAACAUCUCUUGCAGGAAGGAAAUCGUUCAAAUCCUUCUAGAAAGCGGAGCUGACCCUAAUCUGAAGGUGUACAAUGAUGAAGACGCGACACAGCUGCGACCAGCGCUCGCUGAGUACCUAGCCAGCAACCCGGAACCCAGCGCGGAGAUAGUGACCUUGCUGCUGAGAUAUGGAGCUAGGGUUAUCAUGAAAACUCAAUUUCGUGACCCGGAUGGCAUUUUGAAUCAUCUCCAGAACGUCACCGCUGCAGAAUACCAGCACAUUUUCUACCUCCUUCUAGAAGCAGCAGAAGCCUUCGACCUGUGCAUGAUAAAAAGAAAUAAUGUCUUAACUCCUGCUCAAAAACAAAUCCUGACUGAACGAGCUAAGAUGCCCAUUCCUUUGAUUGCACAGUGUAGGAUAUUCCUUCGCAAGUAUUUUAGUACUUCCCUCAUUGAUCUUGUUGAGAAAUUAGAAGUACCUAAAACACUUCACCGUUAUCUUCUCUUUGAAUGUAGUUAAGAUUAUUCAAUCAAUUUCAUUGGAUUAAUCAAUUGGCAGAAUGUAGUUCCUUUGCUUCGGCAUUAAAAAAAGGAAAAGAAAACGGUGUUACUAGUUCCAAGCAAUCUUCUAUUUUUAUGGAAGAUCUGUGAACUAAGGAGUGCAGUACGUUUUAAAAUGUCUUGUUUCUGUUCAUUACAAAUACGCGACUGGAAAGAUUAUAGUCCAGUCAAAAUUUAUGUAAAAUGAUUGUUUUAUAUUAUGCAAUGUUAUUUGAAAGGUCAAAUAAUACCUGUUUGUAUGAAUUGUAUUUUUAUGAACUCAAUGAGAAAAUUUGGUCUCAUUACAUGUAGUAAACGAAUUAGAUUUAGUAUUUUAGUUUGUAUUUAUAAAUGCAUAUCUUGAAUAUGAAGAUACUUAUAUAUUAUACAAAUAUCCUCCUAUUAUGAGGAAAGAACUGUUUAUUUUAUGAGUUUAAUAAUUCAUAUUGACGACGCUCAUUUUUUUUUUAUAAAAUCACGAUUGAAUUUUCGAAAACGACAUUUAAUCUGUAAACUGUAUCUAUGUGAAUAUUUUGUGAAAAAUUUAUAAGAUUAUUCUGUCUGUUGCCUUGCAUGACUAUUUUUAAAGUUUUGUAAACUAUGUCGUCAAAUUAUUAUUACUAUAAAACAUAAAACUAUGCUAAGAGGUGAUAUGUAAUACUUUAUAUACAUAUAAUAAUUAAUAUCUAUUUUUAAUUAUGUCAAAGUUUAUUCUACUUAUCCCGAGAUAUAAAAGAUUCUAAUUUAAACUUAGUCUACGCCUUACACAAAUAUUUAUAAUAAUAUAACUGUCUAGUUAGUUUCCUUAGGCGUUGCUUAAUUUAGUAUUAUUCAUUAUAUAUUGUCUACUCGGACAUUUGCGUAGACACAGAAAUCAAAUGCACUAUUACAUAUUUAUUAAGAACUUCAAGUAAUGUUUUUUAUGGCGAAAUAUAUAAAUAUGUUUCUUUGGAUUAUUAAUGUCCUGGGUUCAAUUUUCUAUCGGGGUAAUUUAUAGUAUGAUUUUUUCAAAAAAAAAUUAUUGUCUGGUUUUUUAUAACACAAUAAAUAUUUAAUAUACAGACAACUGAUGUAAUGUUAAGUGCCAAUUUUUCACUGUUACCGAUUAAUUAUGUAUCGCAGCUCGUAUUACUCUGAUAUUGUCUGAUAAUUAUGUGAUACGUUGUGAUAUAUUUACUUAUAGUAUUAAAUAUUAGACUUUUUCUUAUGCAAAUCUAUUGUAAUAAUCAUGAGAUCGUAUUAUAUUUUAUAAUUUAAAUAAAUGUGUGAAAAGUAA